AUCCAAUUUCAGGUACAAUUUAAAUCUAACUUCGAUCAUUCAAAUUAGAUCAUUUCGAGUUGGGUCAAGUUUUUGCCAGCCCUCAUUAUCAAGGCAAACCAAUCAAACACCACUUCCCGCGCAUUCCCCAAACAAACCAAACCAACUGUCGAUUGUAAAGUGUAGUAGUUGCAAACUACACAAAGCUAACAUCCAUCUAAUAAACUCAAACUCAACCGAAUGAAUGAGGAUUUCUUCCCACUAUUGCUCGAUCAUUUCGAGCAUUAACCAAUGCUUAAAACCCAGAAAUAAACUCCAUUAUUACUUCUUCUAUUCAUCAACUUCAAACUCCAAUCUCUCAACAUUAUUCAAUCAAUACGUUGAUCCUACCAAUGUGUACUCUUGGAACUCAGUCAUCGCCGAGUUGGCUCGAAGUGGUGACUCAAUUGAAGCUAUUCGAGCUUUUGCUUCGAUGCGAAAACUCUCUCUCCUUCCUAACCGCAACACAUUUCCCUGCACCAUCAAGUCUUGUUCUUCUCUCUUUGAUGUAAACUCCGGUCGACAAGCCCACCAACAAGCUUUUGUAUUUGGGUAUGAUUAUGAUCUUUUUGUUGGGUCUUCUUUGAUUGAUAUGUAUUCUAAAUGUGGUCAAAUUUGGGAUGCACGCAAGGUGUUCGAUGAAAUUCCUAUGAGAAAUGUUGUGUCUUGGACUUCCAUGAUCACGGGUUGUGUCCAAAAUGAUGAGCCUCAUGAGGCUUUGCUGCUUUUUAAUGAGUUUUUGGCUGAAGAAAAUGAGAUUGAGGGUGAGGAGGAUUUUUCUGUGGAUUCGAUCGCGUUGGUUUCAGUUUUAUCAGCUUGUGCUCGGGUUUCUAAUAAGAUUGUGACUGAAGGGGUUCAUGGAUUUUCCAUUAAAAGGGGAUUGGAAGUGUUUUUGGGUGUUGGGAAUACUUUGGUAGAUGCUUAUGCUAAGUGUGGGGAGUUGGGUAUGUCGAAGAAGGUGUUUGAUGGGAUGAUAGAGAAAGAUGUUAUUUCUUGGAACACUAUGGUAGCUGUGUUUGCUCAAAAUGGAUUAUCAACUGAAGCUAUUGAAGUGUUCCGUACUCUGGUGAAUGACAGUGAUAUUCGAUAUAAUGCAGUGACAUUGUCGGCUGUUUUGUUGGCGUGCUCUCAUGCUGGGGCUUUGCAACUUGGCAAGUGCAUUCAUGAUCAGGUGGUUAGGAUGGGUUUGGAACAGAAUGUCUUUGUUGGCACAUCAAUCAUCGACAUGUAUUGCAAAUGUGGGAGAGUUGAGAUGGCCAGGAAAGCAUUUGAGCGCAUGAAGGAGAAGAAUGUCAAGUCUUGGAGUGCAAUGAUAGCUGGUUAUGGGAUGCAUGGGUAUGCCAAAGAAGCGCUCGAAGUUUUCUAUGAUAUGAAAAGGAUAGGGAUCAAACCUAAUUAUAUAACUUGUAUAUCAGUACUUGCUGCUUGCAGCCAUGCUGGCCUUGUUGAAGAAGGGUGGGACUGCUUCACAAGUAUGAAAAGAAAUUUUGGAGUGGAACCUGGGGUUGAGCACUAUGGUUGUAUGGUCGAUCUUCUUGGUCGUGCUGGUUUGCUUGGGAAGGCAUAUGAUUUGAUCAAAGGAAUGAAGGUUAAACCUGAUUCUGUGGUAUGGGGAGCUCUCUUGGCUGGGUGCCGGAUGCAUAAAAAUUUGGAGCUCGCAGAAAUUUCAGCAAGAAAAUUGUUUGAGUUAGACUCAAGCAAUUGUGGGUAUUACGUCUUGCUUUCUAAUAUGUAUGCUGAUGCUGGAAGGUGGGCGGAUGUUGAGAGAAUCAGAGUGUUAAUGAAGGGAAAUGGGUUGAUGAAACCACCUGGAUUUAGCUUGCUAGAAGUGAAAGGGAAGGUUCAUGUAUUUUUGGUUGGAGAUAAAGAGCAUCCUCAACAUGAGAAAAUUUACGAGUACCUGGACGAAUUAUAUAUGAAAUUAAAGGAAGUAGGAUAUGUAUCUGAUAAGACUUCUGUUUGUCAUGACGUGGAUGAUGAAGAGAAGGAAUCUAUCCUUCGAGCACACAGCGAGAAGCUUGCAGUUGCUUUUGGUAUUAUGAAUACUGUUCCUGGGACUGUCAUCCAUGUCAUUAAAAAUCUCAGGGUUUGUGGCGAUUGUCAUACUGUGAUAAAGAUGAUAUCCAAAAUUGUCAAUCGAGAGAUUGUUGUAAGAGAUUGUAAGCGUUUCCACCAUUUUAAGAAUGGGGCAUGUUCAUGCGGUGACUACUGGUAAUGGAUAAAGUUUCUUCCUAGAAGCAAAGACCAGGCCUAUAAUAUUUGAUUGCAUGUACAUCAGAAUUUGUAUAUUGCAAGACAAUUCUCUACAGCUACUGAAAUGAUGGUAGACAUGAAGUACGGGUUUGUAGAAGGAUUGCGCAAUGUAUGCUCACUCUCAUGAGUUUAAGAGCUAAUGGACAUUUCGUUGUUGUGAUUGUUAAGAGAAGCUCUUUAGAAGAUCUUUUCAUCAAAAACUCUGAGGGAGAGGGGAACUAUUUGAACAGAAGCUUUGUGGACUGACGGUGAUGCUAAGGACAAGACAAUCACACGUAAGAAGCUUGUUGUUUCUGCAAUUUCAUUAGAAUACGGUACUGAAUGUUCCAAUAUUUUAGGUUUGCACCAGCAAUACAUUUUAAGUGACACACUAUUAAGUUAUGGAGAACACCCUUUGAAAAGCUUUUCUAGAAGUAUUGCUUUCCUCCUUGGAGAAUUCACUUGGAGGUUCUGUUGGUUACGAUCUAAGUAACUUAGAGUACGUUGCAGGGUGUCAUUUUCAACCCUCAGUCUGCUGACCUGAUCCUGAAGAUUUCUGAUGGUCUCUCUUUUCUCAGAGUUUCUUCUGAUCAACUCAAUCUGCAACUGUGUGUUUUCUUCAACCAGCUUUGAAAAUUUGUAAUUCACUCCAUCAGACCAGGCAAAUUUUGGCUUAAUCCCGCCUCCAUCUUUGUGUUCUAAGUUAUUUUCAACUCUCUGGUUAUGUUCAAGGUCAAUCAUAGUGGCUUCACAUUCAAUAUCAGCAUCUUCCACAGUGGAUUCGGGAUAGAAAACAAUAGCCUCUAACUGAGAAACAUCCCGUGCUCCCAAGACUUCCAUGUUUUUCAUGUUUCUAUUAUCCGAAGCAGGUGAUGAUUCUGAACUUUGGACAUCCAUUGCAACACAUUUCACGCGCUCAUAUUUCUCUGCUAAGGAACGGUAAGAUACACAGAGCUCUUCAACUGCUCUUGUGAUUGUCACUUUUACUUUCGCAUAUAUUUCAGAAUUUUGCAGUGGAGAAACAUCUUCUUCCAAUUGAUUCAGAAUGGCCUCCAUUUUCUCAUGCACACCUGUCAAAGUUACAUCAGUUAGAUGGAAUUAUGAUCUUUUCCUUGGAAAUUAUGGUAUCCAUUCCGAGAAAAUGAAAAAUAUAUAUUAAGGAUGUACAUAUUGAGUCAUGAUAUUUCCCCAUGUCACAUAUUUCAUAUUUGCAAGAGAUUAGUCUCCCAAAUAUGCCUCCUUUUAGUCAGGAAAACCCCAAAAGACUCCUAUAUGUUAGAAAUAUAUAACAAGAAUGUGUUUGACAGUUUGAGAUA